ACAAUCAGUAAGACUUGGUGCACGUCAUAAAAAAACGGCGUGACGUUGGAGCAGAGCCACGAGGACGCCGUACGAAAUAGCAGUCAGUCGUCGUCUUGCCUUGGCUAUGUGAAUCUAUACACUAGGAAACUGCACCGUGGUAGCGGUGUAAACUACGCGCCGCUGCUCUAUGGAGUAGUCCUCGAUUUGUCGCAUCUCGUCCUGAUACUCCGCUCAGAGCUCCGAUCAGGUGCGUCAGCGUCUCAUUCUUGCUUGUGAAUACGGAGACGAUGAUGAUGAUGUUGAUCUUCUUUUCUGAAUUCUGAAGAGUAAUGGAGGGUCUAGCAACUCAUACAGUUUGAGGUCAAAUUUGAGCUAUUUUCAUCCCAUCCUUGCCACAACUGUAUUCAUUUGACAAAAUGGGCGAUCUCACAAAGUACCCAGGUAGCAAAAGUUCAUCGGACAAAGCAUGUGAAAAAUUAAUAAUACCAAAGGAAGAGAUUCUAGAUUAUGAGAUUCCUCCUGACACAGUCUCGUCAAGGAACUUUGAGGAUAAUGGUGCAAGUUCAUCUGGAAGCAAUUUAAGAUCAUCAUUUAUUGGCAUGGGAUUUCGACCGUCUCUUGUUGACAAAGUGAUUGAAGAAAAGGGUGAAGAUGAUGUUGACUUGAUAUUGGAGACUCUCUUUGCAUACUCAGCUCCUCAAAAAUCAAACUCUGAAUCCUCAGAUUCUCUUGAUAGUUUAUUCGAUGACAAUGGCGUAAGCAGCCCUGUAGAAAUUGCCAUCCUCAUUCAACCAAAAGAGGAGCCAGAGAUUGCCAGUGAAAUUAAUGAUGGGAAAAGAGCAUCAUUGUUGAUGAUGAACUUCUCUGUAAAUGAAGUUGAGUUUGCAAUUGAUAAGCUUGGUGAAGAUGCUCCAAUUGAUGAAUCGGUGGACUUCAUCGUGGCUGCCCAGAUAGCUGAGACAGUUGAGAAGGAUACUGAUGAUACAAGUUGUAAUGAUGAAGAAAAAAUUGAGGUCAUGAUUGAUUCUUAUUCUGUAGUUAUUCGAUUUAUGACAUUUUUGGAUGUAGGCUGAUAAUUAGUGUGCCAUAGUUUGACCUGACGCAUCCAGGAAGAGAAUUGGAAUUGUGCUUUAAUGCAGGAACUUUAUGAUUUUGGCCUUUGUUUUGUUAUCACAUGUGGAGACUUCUUAUUGGCUAUGAAACAGGAACAGUCUGAUGAUUUCAGCUAUUUUGGCUCAUUUGUGAUUCAAAAAUAGUAGUAGCUUAGCAGGUGGCCAAUACAUGGUUGAACGUCCAUAAUGGUAUACGCAAUAAGAAAGAUUGAAUAUAGGAAAUAUUUGCUUGUAGCUCUUCUUAAAAUUAAUUCAUUGUAUAUCGUACUUCCUCCAUGUGUUCCUUCUCAUAUUGAAUUUAUAUAUGCCGAUAAUUGACAUUUAUUUAAUGGAUUUGUAUUUAUAAA